GCCCAGCAUCUUGAGGCUGCCAGCGAGCUUUGCGAGUCUUGCAUCAAGGGUGAUCCCAAAAUCGUGCGGCUGCUUUUGGAAGCCGGCGCCAACAAAAAUGCUGUGGAUGAAAAGGGCGACGCAGCCCUCAUAAUCGCAGCUCGGACUGGCCACGUGGAGAUCGCACGGCUGCUUGUGGAAGCCGGUGCUGACAACAACCUGAAGAGUCACUAUGGCUGCACAGCGCUCAUGGCGGCAGCUAGGAAGGGCCACGUGGAGAUCGUACGGCUGCUUCUGGAAGCUGGUGCUAACAAGAAUUUUAAGGAACUCGGCACUGGCUACACAUCGCUAAUGGUUGCUGCUCAGAAUGGCCACGUGGAAAUGGCGAGGUUGCUUUUAGAAGCUGGUGCUAACAAAGCCCUGCGGAAUGACGAGGACCAGACAGCCCUCAUGCUUGCAGCUGAGAGGGGCCACGUGGAGAUUGCGCGGCUUCUUUUGGAAGCAGGUGCUCUCAAUGACGAGGGGCGUCCCAUUGGCAACACAGCCCUCAUGCUUGCAGCUGAGAGGGGCCACGUGGAGAUUGCGCGGCUUCUUUUGGAAGCAGGUGCGGACAAGGACCUGCAGAAUAGAUCUGGCAAAACAGCCCUCCUGCUCGCCGCCGAGAGAGGCCACGUGGAGAUUACAAGGCUGCUUUUGGAAGCUGCUGCUGACAAAGACGUACAAAGUGGCUACGGCACCGGCACCACAGCCCUCAUGGUCGCCGCAUUCAAGGGCCACGUGGAGAUCGCGAGGCUGCUUGUGGAUGCUGGUGCUGACAAAGGCCUGAAGGAUAGAUUCG